AUGCGCAAGUCCGACCUUCCUAACGCAUUCAUUAUUGAAGUCAACGGCCGCUUCAUCGCCGACCGUCCUGAGCCCGACCGUGAGGACACCGACGGCAAUGUAAAGAGUGCAACCCCAGCGCACAUGGGCGAGCUGAAGAAUGCCGCGGUCUCCAAGUUGGUAGGCGGUCGCCUGGUCAGUCGAGAGUGGAUUAUGGCCGUUGUUGAGGGCGGAUACGGCGAUGACUAUUCACCCAAGGGCCUGUGGUGGAUCGACGGCCAUGACGGAUACGGACAGACCCCAAGGUUUGAAUAUGCGCGCGAGAAGCAUCAGGACGUGUUAUACUGCGGCACUCAUGACCUCAUGCUUGCUUUGCCCACCGAUAAUGAGGUUUGGAUGCAUAUUCAGCUUCCUCAUUCUUCUGCAGUUGGGAUGAUGAAGAUGCACUGGCAGAAAGUAUAA